AAAUAACACGCAAUCAUUGUACAUAGUUAUAGUUGAUGUUUUAAAGCAAAUUGAUGAGUGUAUUAUUUCGUAAUAUUAGUGUUAGUAUCUGACAAACAACAUUGUCAGUGUUUGCGUUUAUUUUACAAGUGUUAAUCUAUUUUAUAUAAAUUUUAAAAUGAUUACCAUAAUCGUUGGUGUUGUUACCAUACUAGCGUUAUUUCAUUAUUAUUUUACUCGUACAUAUGAAUACUGGAAAAAACGUGGCAUACCAUAUUACCAAGAAAGUAAUGCAUAUCUAGAAUCAAUUCGAAUAUUUCGAAAAAAUGUUAUGAAUGAGUUAAUCGACCAGUAUAAUGCAUUUCCUGAUAAAAUUGCUUAUGGGAUAUACUUUUUUCGAAUGCCUCAAUUAAUAGUGAAAGAUCCAGAAUUAAUUCGAACCAUUUGUAUAAAAGAUUUUGAACACUUUACAAAUCACCAAGGUGUAUUUUUUCAAAAUGAUGAAAUUCUUGGCAAAAAUUUAUUCGCUUUAAAAGAUAAAAAAUGGCGUGAUAUGAGAACCAUAUUAAGUCCAGUAUUCACAGGCAGUAAAUUGCGUGGCUUAAGUGAAUUGAUGUCAGAAUGUGGUGAUCAAACAGCGGCAUAUUAUGUUCAAAGAAUAAAACAACAAAAUGACGAUAAGCCUUUAAAAGUAAAUAUUUUUGAUGCUUGCGCCCGUUUUACAAAUGACGUAAUUGCAUCCACAGCUUUUGGAAUUAAAGUGAAUUCCUUGGAAGAUAAAGACAAUGAUUUUUUUAAAAUUGGUCAAAGAGUUUCAUCUUUUUCAACAUGGAAAUUAUGGCUUUUAGGUUUGCCUGCUGUUAUACGAGAAUAUUUCAAUAUAAAAAUAUUUGACAAUGAUAUAUAUGACUUUUUCCGAAAUAUUGGCAAUGAAACUAUCACAGCUCGGUUAGAAAAGAAUAUUAUACGUCCUGAUAUGAUUCAUUUAUUAUUGGAAGCAAGAAAAGAACAAAUAAAACGCAGCGAAGAAGGAAAUGGAAAAAUUGAAAAUUUACCCCAAACAAACUCUAUUCUUACAAAUGACGAAAUAAUUGCUCAAGGUGUUAUAUUUUUCGUUGCUGGAUUUACUAACGUAGCGUUAACGAUGUCUUUCGCGGCAUACGAACUAGCCGUUAAUCCAAAGGUACAGGAAGAGCUUUAUGCUGAAAUUAAAGAAACAGAGAAAAGAAAUGCAAAAAUUGACUAUGAUACUAUUAAACAAAUGAAGUAUUUCGAUAUGGUUAUUUCAGAAACUUUAAGAAAAUGGACUCCUGCAUCCGCUACAGAUCGUGUAUGUAAUAAAGAGUUUACAAUUGAAACACCUAAUGAUGGAAAUAUUACUGUGAAACCAGGAAUGACUUUAAAUAUACCCAUUAGUGGUCUGCAUUAUGAUCCAAAAUAUUUUCCAAAUCCACAGAAAUUCGAUCCAGAACGAUUUAGUGAAACAAAUAAAUCCAAAAUACAUCCAUAUGCUUACCUUCCGUUUGGAGUUGGUCCACGUAUUUGUAUAGCCAAUCGCUUUGUUUUGGUAGAAACUAAAAUAUUAUUGUAUCAAAUUUUGAAAACAUUUGAAAUUGUGACAACUGAUGAAACACCAAUUCCCAUGGUAUUAGAAAAUGGUGCUGCACUGAAACCCAAAAAUGAUAAUUUCGGAUUAGCAUUCAAAUUGAGAAAAUAUAUUCAUGGGAAUGGAAAAAAUAAGAUGAUUACCGUAAUCGUUGGAUUAAUUACAAUAGCAGCCUUGAUUCAUUACUACUAUUCAAAUGUGUAUAAUUAUUGGAAAAAGCGUGGGAUACCAUAUUACUUAAAGAAUAGUGUAUAUUUAGAAUCAUUUCGACUUUUUAACAAAAACUUUAUGGACGAUGCGAUCGAGCAAUAUACGGCUUUCCCCGACAAACGCGCGUAUGGAGUAUUUACUUUUGGUCAACCUCAACUUAUGAUAAGAGACCCAGAUUUAUUGCGUGAAAUUUGUGUGAAAGAUUUUGAACAUUUUACAAAUCAUCAGGAUGUAUUUUUCAGAAAUGAUGAGAUGCUUGGUAAAAAUUUAUUUGCUUUAAAAGAUAAAAAAUGGCGUGAUAUGAGAACAAUAUUAAGCCCAGUAUUCACUGGCAGUAAAUUACGUGGAUUAUGUGAGUUGAUGUCAGAAUGUGGUAACCAAACAGUGACAUAUUAUGCUCAAAAAAUAAAACAACAAAAUAACAAUAAUCCUUUGAAGGUGGAUAUUUUUGAUGCUUGUACACGUUUUACAAAUGACGUAAUAGCAUCCACAGCUUUUGGAAUUAAGGUCAACUCCUUGGAAGAUAAGAAUAAUGAAUUUUUUGGAGUUGGUCAACAAGUUUCGAGUUUUACAUCAUGGCGACUAUGGCUGUUUAAUUUACCCCUAUUCGUAAAACAAGCUUUUAACAUUAAAAUAUUUCCUGAAGAUGUUUAUAAAUUUUUCCGGCAAAUUGUCAAUGAAACUAUCCGAGUUCGAGUAGAAAAAAAUAUUAUUCGACAUGAUAUGAUACAUCUAUUAAUGGAAGCUAGAAAAGAACAGAUCAAACGUGCUGAAGCAUCCAAUGGAAAAGUGGACAAUAUCUCUGCAACAAAUAAUGUUCUCACAAACGAUGAUAUAACUGCUCAAGGGGUUAUAUUUUUUAUUGCUGGGUUUUCUAACGUAGCAUUGGCAAUAUCAAUGGCGUCUUAUGAAAUGGCCGUAAAUCCUGAAAUCCAAAAGAAAGUGUACGCCGAAAUUACGGAAGUACUAAAAGCAAAUAAUGGGAAAAUUGAUUAUGAUGUUAUUAAACAAAUGAAAUAUUUGGAAAUGGUUAUUUCAGAAACAUUACGUAAGUGGAGUCCGGUUGUGGUAGGCGAUCGUGUUUGUAAUAAGGCAUUUAAAAUUGAAACACCAAAUGAUGGUGUUAUUAACGUGGAACCUGGAAUGACCAUGAGCAUACCGAUAAGUGGUCUACAUAAUGAUCCAAAAUAUUUCCCAAAUCCAAAGAAAUUCGAUCCAGAACGUUUUAACGAAACAAACAAAUCGAAAAUGAAUCCGUAUACAUACAUACCGUUUGGAUUAGGUCCACGAAUUUGUAUUGCAAAUCGCUUUGUUUUGAUUGAAACUAAAAUAUUACUAUUCCACAUUUUGAAAACAUUUGAAAUUGUGACAACUGAUGAAACACCAAUUCCAAUGGUAUUAGAAAAAGGAGCUGUUAUUAAACCUAAGGGUGAUACUUAUGGAUUAGCAUUUAAAAUAAGACAAUAUGAGAUAAAUCAUUAUGAAUUUUUGUUGAAUUUAAUUUUUGUGUUAAUUGAAAUUCAAAACUUGAAGAUGUUUGCUAUAAUUGCACUGAUUGUAAUUUUGUAUUUGAUACAUUAUGCUAUAACUAAUGUUUAUAAAUAUUGGGAAUCACGUGGUAUACCAUAUUAUAAACCAAGAAAUGCAUAUUACGAUACAUAUUGUACUUUUCUACAAAAGGAUAAUUUUUCGUUAGAAAUUGCCAAGGCAUAUAAUGGUUUCCCCGAUAAACAGGUUUAUGGUUCCUUUCUGCUUCGAACACCACAAUUAAUGGUAAAGGAUCCCGAUAUUUUACGCAAUAUUUGUGUUAAAGACUUUGAACAUUUUACUAAUCAUGUGGACAUAUUUUUCAAAGACGAUCUAUUAUUGGGAAAAAGUUUGUUUGCAUUGAAAGAUAAAAAAUGGCGAGAUAUGAGAACAAUUCUUUCGCCAAUAUUUACCGGAAGUAAAUUACGUGGUAUGGUAGAUUUAGUGUCAGAAUGUAGUGAACAAACUAUGGAUUAUUAUGCUCAGUUAUUUAAACAAACGAGCGAUAAAACAGUAAAAAUUGAUAUUUUGGAUGCAACAUCAAGAUUUACUAACGAUGUAAUUGCGACCUCUGCAUUUGGUAUUCAAGUGAAUUCAUUAGCCGAUAAAACAAAUGUUUUCUUUGAAACUGGUCAGGAGGUAUCCAAAUUUCCAUUCUGGCGGUUUGUUGUUGCCGCUUUCCCAAAAAUUGUGAAAAAGAUAUUCAACCUAUCAUUAUUUCCAAGUAAAAUUUAUGAAUUCUUUCGAAAUAUUGUUGAAGAAUCGAUUCGUAUUCGAAAAACACAAAAUAUUGUUAGAUAUGAUUUAAUCCAUUUAUUAUUGGAAGCUAAAAAAGAACAAAUGAAUAAAAUUAAUGAAAAAAGUGAUAAUGACCAAAAGUUGGAGCUGUCCAAAAAUUUAUUGGACAUUGACGAUAUAACUGCUCAAAGUUUUAUAUUUUUUAUUGCUGGUUUCAUAAAUGUUGCACUGACCAUAAGCUUUGCAGGAUACGAAUUAGCUAUUCAGCCUGAAAUUCAAGACAAAUUACGCAAAGAAAUUCGUGAGCUAUUACAGAAAAAUAAUGGAAAACUAGAUUACGAUAUUUUAAAGAAAAUGAAAUAUCUAGAUAUGGUUGUAACAGAAGUUUUACGAAAAUAUCCGCCAGCUGGUAUGUUGGAUCGAGUUUGUACCAAAGCUUAUACAAUUAAAACAGCUACUGAAUCAAUUGACUUAGUACCAGGAAUGCCAAUUAAUAUUCCAGUGAUGGGCUUACAUUAUGAUCCAAAAUACUUUCCCAAUCCAAAUAAAUUCGAUCCAGAACGUUUUACUGAUGAAAAUAGAGAAAAAAUGAAUCCUUAUACAUAUCUACCAUUUGGGGUUGGACCUCGAUUGUGUAUAGCGUCUCGUUUUGUUUUAAUGGAAAUCAAAAUUUUCUUGGUGCAUUUAAUAAAUAAUUUUGAAGUGAUUGCUACUGAAAAAUGUCCUAUUCCAAUGGAAUUUGAAACAGGAACAGUUCUUAAACCUAAACAUGAUGAAUUUGGGAUAGCGAUAAAAUUAAUCAAAUAAAAACUUUAAUUAAGUACAAUA